CCAAAAGGGGCUCAAUUUCUACAAGCGCAAUGAUAGUGUUGAUACAGGAACUGCCUCAGCUUCAUUCUACAAGCGCCAAGCGGGAAGGAUUCGGCUAUUCAAGUUUACGCUCCAUUCCCCAUCAAUGGAAUUUCAAAUUCAAUUCUAAAGCCUCGUGGAAGUGCUUUUGCAACAAGAACGAAACUAUCCAUGAAGCUUCUCAGGGUUUUUCUGCUCUGCCACCGGAUGCCCCUUGGGAUAAUGCUACUGCUUGGAGUACAAUGGCUCUUUACAUUUUCAGCUUGCAUAUUCCUUUGAGCUUUGGAAGCUUGUCUUUCGUUUCCCAAUUAAUGCGUAUACCUGUUCUUGAUCCUCAAACUAAGGCGCUCUCAAGGCUUGGAAUUCAAACUGUUGAGUUCAUUGUGACCCUUCUUCUACUAAAGGUCACUGCUAAACCAAACUACAGAUUCAGAAACUUCUUUAGAGCUCAUAACUUAGGCGGCAAAAGGAAUUGGCUGUUUGCAUCAGCUUUUGGAUUUGGGUUCCUCGUGUCAUUAGUUUUCCUUACAUCAAUUCUUGCAGAAACAGUGGUUGGACCGAAGGCUGUAAACAGCCCUGUGCUGAAGGAGAUUCUUGACAGCAGCAACAUCUCAAGAGCGGCAUGCUUCAUAGCGUACUGUGUUGUGACACCCUUCUUGGAAGAGACUGUUUACAGAGGCUUUCUAUUGGCAUCAAUAUCAUCAGAGAUGCAAUGGCAGCAAGCAGUUCUCGUCAGCUCCGCGGUCUUCAGUGCAGCUCACUUGUCUGGUGAAAAUUCUUUACAACUCUUCAUCAUUGGGUGUGUCCUAGGAUGCUCGUACUGUUGGACUGGCAAUUUAAGGUCUUCAAUCCUCAUACAUUCCUUGUACAAUGCAAUGACCCUUCUUUUAACUUACCUAUCCUAAUGACUACAUACAUUUCUUCCUAGUUCUACUUCA